AUGAAAAUUGAUCGCACAACCUCUAGUGCAACUAGAGGAAAGUUUGCUCAUUUAUGUGUCGAAAUUAAUCUCAAAAAGCCUUUAGUGCCAAAAAUCUUCAUUGGAGGUAGAUGGCAGAAGGUGGAGUACGAGGGGUUAAGGAUGAUGUGUUAUCACUGUGGGAAGUUUGGGCACUAUGAGGAAGGCUGCAUAGUUAGACAGAAGGAAAACGAGGGUUAUACUGGAAACCAAGCCAUAGCUUUGGCAGAAUUAGCUGUAACCAGAGAGAAGGACUACGAAACUCAUAGGUUUGGCCCUUGGAUGGUAGCCAGGAAGAAUAACAAACGAACGGGAGGACCACGGGCUAACGCAACAGCUGUUGAGGAACUUCCUAAACCUUCAAUAGCCUCAGGCUCGAGAUUUGUUGUGCUUGAAGAUGAAGAUGUUGGGCAUGUUGCUGAGGAGUUUACACCAGUGUCAGAAAACAAGGUAGAAUUUGAUCAGGCGGUGAGUAAACUGAGCAAGACUAAAGGCCCAGCCUGGAAUAAAGAGCUUUUCAAGCAAAAUUUACAAGUUUCGGCCAAUGUCUCAAACAGAGACUCUACACCAGCUUCGAUAGCAAAAGGAAAGCAGCAAAUUGCUAGAGAACCAAAGACAGUAUCGUCAGUAUCUUUAGCAAUGCCAAAAAUGAGAGCAUCUAGUGAGAAGAUAGUAACUGAAUUACCUGAGAAUAACAACGCUGACGUUUCACAAGUAAUAUCCCUAAAUCUUCCUAAGCUGUCAUCUCAUGAUCAAGAUAUUGAUGACAAACCUGGAGUAGGGGUGAAUGACAUGGCGAGAGAAAGGCAACUAAUGACGAUGGAGGAAAGUGGUUUAGAUGAUGCCGAGAAGGGGGAUGUAACUACUGACAUGGAUUUGGAGGAUAAAGUUUGUCGCCGGUUGGGAAAGUUGAACUAUUUUCGAGUGGAAGCUGAUGGUUAUGCAGGAGGAAUCUGGGUUUUUUGGGAUCCGAAAAAUGUUGAAAUUGAUAUUCUGGCUUAUUCCGGCCAAUUAGUGCACAUGAUGGUUAAUUCUUCAAAAGCAAAAUGGUUGCUCACAGCAGUAUAUGGUAGUCCAGUAGUGGAAGAAAGGAAAAGGUUAUGGCUCUCUCUUAAUAUGGCUAGUGACUUGCACAAUCUUCCUUGGAUGGUGAUAGGAGACUUUAAUCAGGUAACUUCACCUGAUGAAAAAAUAGGAAGGACAGGAGUUAACUUAGCUCAUUGUAAUCUUACGCUAGAUUGUAUGAGUUACUGCAAUUUAUCAGAAUUAGAAACUGGGUGUCCCAAAUACACAUGGUGGAAGAAAAGGCAUGGUUAUGAUUGCACCAGGGUCCGUUUGGAUCAAGGAUUAGCUAAUGAAGAAAGGCGAACAAUUUACCCCCAUGCUGAAGCUUUUGUUUUGCCAAGAACACAUUCUGAUCAUCAUCCAAUCCUUGUACGGUGUACAGAUUCCCCACUUUUACUACAAGCUAAGAAGAAUUUCAGAUUUGAAGAAGCAUGGAUGACCCACCCAAACUUUAUUGAUUUUCUCAAAACAAAAUGGAGAUUUGCAGAAAAAGACAUGUCUAUUACUUUGAAAGGAUUAGCUGACAAUUUGCAACAAUGGAGUUUAGAGACCUUUGGAGAUAUAUAUAAAAAGAAAAAGAGGUUACUAGCGCGUCUCAAGGGAAUGCAAAAAAUACCUGAUGCGAAACCCAGCGAUUACCUUCAACAUUUAGAAAUUGCUUUAAUUGAGGAGUAUAACCUUGCUCUCUAUCAGGAAGAGUUGAUUUGGCAACAAAAGGUUAGAUUGGAUUGGCUCAAAUAUGGAGAUAGCAACUCAAAAUUUUACCAUGCUCUCGUGAAAAGCAAACAAAGGAAGAAGAAGAUAGUUGCACUUCGCAGAGAAGAUGGAUCGUGGUGUACGGAUCCUAAAGAGCUAGAGGAGAUGGUUGUCAACUAUUAUCAACAUUUAUACAAGGAUGAUGGGCUUCGGGUCUCAUUAUCUGUAUCGCCAAAUUGGAGGUUAAAUGAUGAUCAAAUUUCAGACUUGGCCAAGGGGUUAUCUAGUGAAGAAAUUCAACAUGCCUUAUUUGACAUGAACCCAAGGAAAAGUACGGGCUAUGAUGGUUUUCCAGCGAGCUUUUUUCAGAAGAACUGGCAAUAUAUCAAUGCUGAUUUGGUUAAUUUUGUCCAGAUGGCUUAUGCUACAGGCUCGGUCCCGCCAGCUUUGAAUCAUACAUUAAUUACCCUUAUUCCCAAAGUUGAAAGUCCAGAGAAAAUCACUCAAUUUCGGCCUAUUAGCUUGUUUCUGUUCCCCUUAAAUUGA